GCGGAGGCUGCGGCCGUGUCUCCGCUCCGCUUCUUCUGCCACUGCUGCAAGGGCGAGGUCUGCCCCAAGCUGCCGGAAUACACUUGCCCCCAGUGUGAGUCAGGCUUCAUCGAGGAGGUCACCGACGAGACCAGAUGCUGCCUGGCCCACUGUGUUCCUCCAGCAUGUUGCUCGUUGUUCCAGAUUCCAGCAUUCUGCAGUCUUGUGCCUCUGAACACUACCACCCUGCUUCAAGGAGGACAACCGCCCCCUCCCCAGGGGGUCGGGGAAGGGACGUAACUGCUGGCCUCACAACCAACACCUGGGGUCCCACAAACGAGCUCGCUUAUCUCGCGGACCGCUGGAGUGGACGGUCCGGUGACGUAUCCGGCAGCUUCUUGGAUGGGGGGACAAACGGAUUGGACGAAGAUUCAGCCACACAGUUUGCAGAGCUGUGGGAUCGGACCUUCCUGAACCUGGACCAGACCUUCCUGCUGGUGGACGGGAGACCUUUCCGCGGCGGGACCUCGCUGGACCACGAGGGCGGUGCGGCGGAGCGGGCAGGGCAGCAGAGCGACAUCUGGGGCCCCAGCCGGCACACGAGGUUACCCAUGGCCAGGAGGUACCGAUCCAGGGCGUCCUCCCGGCCGGAGAGGUCCCCGGCCAUAGAAGGGAUAAUCCAGCAGCUGUUUGCAGGACUCUUCUCCAACGCCGGGAUACCGGGCUCCCCGCACACCUUCUCCUGGAGCGGGCUGCUGCACUCGAACCCUGCCGAUUACGCCUGGGGCCAGAGCGGCCUUGACGCAGUCAUCACACAGCUCCUGGGCCAGCUGGAGAACUCGGGACCCCCGCCCGCCGACAAGGACAAGAUCGCCGCCCUGCCCACCGUGGCCGUGUCCCAGGAGCAGAUCGACUCGGCCCUCGAGUGUCCGGUGUGCAAGGAGGACUACCUCCUGGCGGAGCGGGUCCGCCAGCUGCCCUGCCAGCACCUCUUCCACAAUGCCUGCAUCGUGCCCUGGCUAGAACUGCACGACACUUGUCCGGUGUGUCGCAAGAGCUUGAACGGGGAGAUCACCACGGGUCACCAGCAGACUUCAGAAGAACUGGCAGGCAGGGAAAGCAGGCAGCGAGAUCCCUGGACGUACUGAAGGACUCUCUGCAGGGAGUACUUUGCAACCCAACCCCCUGCACAACUCAAUCAGUAAUAUUGUAAAUUAUAUAUAUUAAAGAAUUAAGUGGGCACAAAUGCAGACUGGUGACUCCCGAACUGACCGAGGGAGGGGGAAGCCAGGCUGUCAUUCUGUGAAUCAUGUGUUUAACAAUGUGGGAUCGGUCCGCUUCUCAACGGUUGCACUAAAGGAAUAGCUCUCCGCACGUUCUGUUCAAACCCCUCCCCUCCCUCCCUGUUUUGGGCACGGAAGGUUAACCCUCAGUCUCACAGGAAGGCAGGUUCUGAGCUGCUUGGAGCAUGCGGGGAGGUUUAGUUUCCUCGUUUUGUUGGUGGGGAGCGGUGUGUGAGCAAGCACGCUGGGGGCUGCACAGUUCCACCUGGAUCUGAGCAACCCACCCUCAACAUCUCGGUGUGCAGCAGGAGGGGUUCUAUUUGCCCACAGGGAUAAGAUUCUGCCCAUCCUCCCCUGCAAUCCCACCAGGAAAGGGCUCCGUUCCCAGGCCAGGUGGAAGUGGGACCCGGGCCUGACCCCUCUCCCUAAGCUGUUGCUCUCUUCCACUUUACACACGGGUCUGCUGGGCUUCCGGGUGGGUGGAGGCAGCUACAACGGCGGUGGCUCCUCUGUCCUCUGCUCACACCCACAGCUCCAGGCCGGGCUCCAUGCUGGUGGGGGAGUGGAAGUGAGGUGUCUGUUUUCUCUUGUCCAGGACCAGGAUGCUUCCUCCUGGGACAUUCCCCUACUCCACCCUCAUACCCUCUGUCUGUUCUUCAACCCCCCCCCCCCCGCCCCAUAUUCUCCCCCUCCCCUGAUGUAUACAACUUCAGCCCCACAUGGUGGAAGUUGGGCAACAGUAACUUUUUCCUGCUCCUUGCCCCUAGCCCAGGGGCAGGCGUGGUGUCUGCUGAAACUGCGUCCACAAGCUCCUGGCGCACACCGGUGCCCAGCUCCCAGCCUCCGCAGUCUCUGUUGCUCACGUGUGUACCACCAGGAAUGGGGUCUGGACUAAUCUGUCUCCCCCCAGACCCAGGGAGCCUGAGCCCAGUUAUUGUCAGAGGUUGGACACCCCAGUUCUGAUGGAACAUCUGGGCCCCAGUAUCCACAUGGAAUUUCAUCCUGGGAAUUCUCCACUGAGGACCUGUAGUGUGUUGGUAGGAAGGGUUAUGGCCACAAACCCCAACAGGUAGAGUCUUUAUUUCACCCGCACCAUGGCAGUAUUAGUGAAGGAGGAUUCCACCUCCCGUUACUGGAGCCCCUGUUGUGCGUUUUUAUAAAGGGCCAGUUUCAUGAUACAGUAUUCUGAGUGUCGGUGAGAGAGACGGAGCCUUGAACAAAGCCGGCAGAGAGAGGGGUGAGGAGACGGUGGUGGGAUGGUCUUGGGACACAGCACCAGACUCCUAAUUCCUCUUAUGUGUUGGUUGUAAAUCAACAGUUGCCAAAAUCAGCUGUAGCUGAGGUGGAUUUGUAGGAAGGUUAAUUAAAACCUUGAUAAAUGCAAGUCCACUUUCCAACAGCGACCAAGAUGGGCAUAAAGUUAAUGCCAGAAUGCCGUCAAUUUGUGCAGUGUUAGAUCUGGGGUUGGAAUCUGACCUGGGGAACAGAACCCAACUGAUAGAACACUCUGGGUCAGGUUGGUCCAUGCACUGCACACUCGUUCAUGAUCUCAUCUGGGGUAAGGUGGCCAUGCGCUCUGAUUCCAGCCCAUUACUGUAUCUGGGGUAAGGUGUCCAUGCGCUCUGAUUCCAGCCCAUUACUGUAUCUGGGGUAAGGUGUCCAUGCGCUCUGAUUCCAGCCCAUUACUGUAUCUGGGGUAAGGUGUCCAUGCACUCUUGAUCCAGCCCAUUACUGUAGCUGGGGUAAGGUGUCCAUGCACUCUCAAUCCAGCCCAUUACCUGAUCCAAGUCUGGGUGACUUGCUUUGUAUCAUCACAAAUUGUCUGCUCAUGAUCAAUUUUCAUCCUCUGAUUAGGAGCAGGUACUUUUUUUAAAUUAAAAAUUAAAUGUUGGGGUUGGGUUCAGAUUGCCCGGGAUGGAGUAUAUGUUGGAUUUUGAGUUUUAUUUUAAAACAAAAGCUUUGUGUAAAUCCUCUUGAGGUCUGGGGACCUGCUCCCGAGGUAAGGGGACCCAGGACUCGGACCUGCCCCGAGGUCCCAGGUCCCACAGACUGUGGUGCCUCUCUGCCAGCAGGGGCCACCGCCGCUCAGCGGGGCCCACUGGUGGUGGAGUGCUGCCACUGUGGCCAUCGGUCAGGGAGCGUGGUCCCUGGGGUGUGGGGGGGGGGGGAGUCUCCACACUGCACCCACCGACAGUGCAGACCCAGAGUAACAGGGAGGGGGUGCGGGGCUAUCCCUUGGGGUGGGAGUUGGGGAGCAGGGAGACCCUCACACUGACCCCCUGCACCCAUGCCAAGAGCAGCAGUGCAGCCACUGUCCGGCGUAUCGAUCAGUAACUGUGUCAAGGAGCUGAGACCUGCCAUCUGUGGGUUGGGGUGGGCUGCUGUUUCUCCAGCAGGACCUCCCCCCUCAAGGAUGUCAUCUCUUGUUUCAGACACAGUCCCCGUUCAUCACACUAUCUCCUCCCUGAGCUAUUAAAUAUCUGUGUUAAUUGGUGAUGCAGUUAAGAAUCCAGAACCCCCAAAGACUCUGUUUAAGAACCGCAGUCAGACACUGUAACAAAAUUAAACUGAACUGAGCAUGGAAAUAUGCUCACCAGAGGAGAGUCUGUAUUGCAUUUUUUUCCGUAGUUGUAAAUGUUUAAUCUCUGUUCUGUCACUUGUUUAAAAGUUUUUAUUUUGUAAAUAAACCAAAACAAAAACUUC